GUGAUGGGAAGAAGAAGAAAUUUUGACAACAGUAUGUGUUUUGUGACAGUUUGUUACGUUUUAUUGAUGCACAUUUCUUUUUGAGUUUUUUCCCAUUUUUUUGAUGAUGGAGCAAGGAACUUCCAUGCCAGACGACAAAGGGUCGCCAUCAACUGACCAAAUUCUUGUGAAAUUCAUGGACGUGUCCUACACCUACAUGAUCUACUCCAACUUCUACAACAAGAACGCAACCAUCGAGAGUUUAAUGGACGACAUCUUAAGAAAUUACACGUUGUACCAUUCUUGGCACGUUGACUUCCUCCAACCUCCUUACCUGGCUGAGGAGCAGACUCUAGAAGAGUUAAACCUGCCACACAACGAACUGACAAUACACACGGAUUUGUGUUUUAUAACAGGAGACGAGAACGCUGUCAUUAAAGUAAAAUUAGACGAUGAUAAGACGGUCACAGUCGCAAUCUUCAACGAUAGAAUAUGCAGGUCCGUGCUUGGGGGAUAUCAGCAUGUCUGCAACAACAAGAUCUACCACCACACAUGGACGCAAACGGGACCAAGUCCCGAUGAAGUACCACCAUGGAACAAAGCCCAUAGAGACACCCAGACGAUCUACGUCAGGAACAGACGCAUCAAACAACCUUACGCUAGGGCCCAACAGACGCAAAGCUAUCACCAUAACUUUUGGAUCAACAACGUGGCCAAUCGCAUCGUUCGAUCUGGCCAAUACGAAACCGCCGACGAGUGGGAGGCACGCAUCAAGCUGUUGGAGAAAAUCGAGUUCUUACAAAAGUGUUGUCGUGCUGCAAUGAUCAGAAAAAAGCUACACGAACAAAGCGAUGAGUACCACAAGAGGAUGCGCCUGGCGCACGAGCACAGGGUGGAGGAACGUCUCGAGGACCAGCACAGGAAGACCAUAGGGUUGAUCGGGAAGGUUCUGCCCUUGAGUGAGCACGACGUGGCCGUUUUGUACUCCAUGUUGCAGAAGUGGAAGAAGAAGGAACUGGAGAGGAUACGGAUGACGUAUUCGGGCCCCGCCAAGAUUGUGCACGAGAAAGUGAUGCUGGAGAAGGAGCUGGAGGUGUUGAAGGGGCUGAGGAACGCUAGGGCCAGACUGAAGGGUGACAUAGAAGUCGCUACCAUUGUUAAGGUGUUCAGGGAGGUGGGCUUGCCCAUCACCUGGACCACGGAGAAGUUGACGAAGGUCUCCAUGGACACGUUGGAGACGCAAAAGGCGAGGCAGUACUUUUACAUGUACAAACAGUUGUACGACUGCAAAACGUUCGAGCAAUACCACGCGGUGUUCGAUGUUUUAAGGAACGAGUUGUCUGGCCACAAGUGUGCGGAAGGAAUGCAAAUCUUGAAGCUCAUCGACCGAGUGUCGACGAUGAUGGACAGGAAGCUCCCGAAAGCAAGCUGGGAGGUCUCCGUGAGGAUGAUACAGUUCCUCUUCUAUCAGCACCUGUUCCAGGACAGCUGCAACAACGGAAUGACGGACAGGAUGAGGCGACUCAAGGAGAAGAGCAUGGAGAAAAAUCUGGAGAUGUGCCUCAAGUGCAACAAGUUGUGCAAUCGGGAGGUGAUGUUCUUCAACGGCAACGUGAAGAAAUUGAGGAUUUGCAAGAUGUGCAACUGGAAGUACGGAGCAGAAGUAGACAUGCCACCCUACAAGUUUAUACUGAAGCAAAUCAGGAAGUAUGAGCGUUUACACAACGGUACCUCCUCCAUGUGUUUCAUACUCCAAGACAGCGACGUAUACAAAAUCAUCUCGGACAUUUGGCACAACCACUCCGCCUUAUCUGAGAGUAAGGACAUCUACGAGUUGAGGCUGCCCAGAUGGGAUAAAAGGCAGGAGUGGUCACCAUGGAAUUGCAUCCUGUUGACGAACAAAGAAGCCAUUCAACAUCUGAAAAUUGAGGACCUCAAAACAGUUUACGAUGAAGCUUUUUGCAACCACAUUUUAGACAAGCACGUCUUAUCCAAGACGUUGUUUAAACAAAUGAUUUAUGUUGACCGACACUUUAGUAAUAAAAUGAAUCUUGAUCCUCGAUUGGAUGGCGAGAAGGAGUACAUCGAGUUUGUGCCUGUCAACAGUAAAUUGAGGAUAUAUUAUUCGUGUCAUUAAUUGUAAUAAAUGUUUUUUGUAA